AUGUCGUUCUUUGGUUUCUCCCCGCAGGUCUGGCAGGAUAUCGAGAGCGUGCUUCUAGGAGAUAUCGGCGGUCCUCGGGACAACGCGACCUGCGCCAAAGAAUCUCAAGGUCCACAGCGGACGCGAGACAGCCCCGUUCACCAGGAGACGGGUCUCAAGACCAGCACGGGCUCCAGCAGAAACCAGCCACAAGCCUCGGUCUCGGCCAAUAGCGCAAUCCUGGCCGCGGCGCUGACAUCCCCGACCCCCAACCGGCCGCCCCAUCAAAACCGCCAGCCGGCCGCGACGGCGCCUCAGCAUCAUCAGCAGCAAAACCCCAUGGCUGCAACAAACCCGUCGUUCGUGACCCUAGACUUCGACUUUAUGCUUAAUUCUGAUAGCUCCACCCUUUACCCCGAUGUCACCUACGCCGCCGCUGAGCUGGAACUGAAGCCGCAACUUCAGCCUUACUUGGGUGGCCCCGCAUCGGGCAGUAACAACAACAUUGAGACGACGACCACCACGACUGAGACGACGUACCAUCAGUCGCCGUCAAUAAAAGCAAACCUGGCGCCUCAGUUCGACACCUCCGUCCUGGCAGGAUCUCAGUACACGUCCCUCUGGACAAACUACCAAAGGACCAGCAUCGCCCAGACGCCGCCUUCAAGUCAGAUGUCUCCGCCAGCGUCUCCGGACCACUCGCAACUAGGCCAUCCGCUGGGAGCCCUCGAGCAGAACGGGUACCACGUCCACCCGGCUCUCCAUCCGAUGUCUAUCAAGACCGACGUACUCAGCCACUGCCUCCAACAGCAACAGCAACCGAAACAGCAGAACUUGACGCCGCCCCAUUUAAGAAUGGUGACCCCUCCGUCGUCUCCUAGGUUAGCGGACCUUCUUAGCGCCGGCAGUGCCAUGGCGCACGGCCCUUUCUCGCCAACAGCCAUCCCUCCCGAAGUCCAUCUGCCGGACCAGUACUGCAGGUCGUCGCCUAUCCUGGGGAGUCCCGCCAAGAAGAGCCAGCAGCGGAGUCUUAGCCGGAAGAAAGUCACCAUCCACACCUGCUCGCACCCGGGCUGCAGCAAGAGCUACACCAAGAGUUCACAUCUCAAGGCGCAUCUACGGACGCACACAGGAGAGAAGCCGUAUCAGUGCAACUGGAAAGAGUGCGGCUGGAAGUUUGCCCGUUCGGACGAGCUCACAAGACACUAUCGGAAGCACACCGGUGAUCGGCCUUUUCAGUGCCGCCUCUGCGAACGCGCCUUCUCGCGUUCAGACCACCUGUCCUUGCACAUGAAGAGGCACACGUCGGUGUGA